GAUCCACUGACUUGUGGCUUGGUAGGCUGCUUGUGCUCUAUGCUGGAACUAAAGUCAAUCACGCUUUUCAGACUCGGCCUGCUGUGAAACAGCAAAGCUAUGCCUGUCUCCUGUAGGAAUAUGGAGAAAGAAGACUUAAACCAGAAACAAGUAUCUGAAAGUGGCCCAGGUCAUCACAAGGCAGCAACUCGCCUUAAACACAUACAUUCUUUGUUGAACAGCUCUCAAAAUCGUAGUAACAGUUUACGAAAAGAAUUACUAUAUUUUAAGAUCAGGAAUUGUUCAGUCUUUAAUGCUAUACCUCUGUGUUAUAUUGGCAAGGAAAUGCCUCCGAGUUUGAGUGAAUCGGCAGGGAGAAACUCAAGUACAGCUGCUUCUUCAAAGGACUCAUUUUGUCUGCAUUUUUCUUCUGAGAAAGACAGACUUGAUAGGGUUUCUCUUUGCAUUAACAGUACUUCAGUAAAGGGCUGGAUGGAGAAAGCUUGCUGUUUUGCUAAAGGCUUAAGUAGCUGGUUCUGUCCAGGAGACAACAGUGUAUGCCUUGCAUACUUCUGGCUGUCAAAGUUGCAGUAUAAUCAAAACUCACUGUGCCUGGAAUCAGAAACGAGCAGCAGCAUAGAGAAUGAAUUGCAGCUUGCGUUUCCUGGAGAGUUGGAAUUUGGUGGACUUUCUGAUCUUUAUUCUAUUCCAGUUGCCUCACUGAGUGAAUAUACUAUGGGACUCUUAAACAACCAGAAACCAUGUUUUUUUCUUUGUUACUUAAACCUUGUAUCUUCAGAGAAAACAACUGGAUAUAAGAAAAUGCUUUCAAACAUAAAAUAUGUGACAAGUAAUUUUCACAUCAUACAGCUAGUGACUUCUGUGCUAGCUUUUGCACUAGCAGGUCUCUGGUAUGGAGUAGCAAAGGGCCUUGAUGCCACAAGUGAUAAAUGCUGAGGAAGUAUGCUAUUGUUUUAUGUGCUACAUUUAUUCUGUAGAGAAAUGGUAUCGACGACGCUGAAGCAAAGGCUGACAUCUUGAAUACAAAAUUAACGUAUACUCUUAAUGAUGAAAGCUGAGUGUUGUUUCCCUCAAAACAUGAUCUUAACAGAAAUGAAGGAGUGGGGGAAGCAAAAUGAAUGUAAUCUAAUACGCACUAUAACGUUUUGUCUUAUGUUAAGAUAUCCACAGUUUAUGAAGUGCAUCAACUCUCUCUGUAUGUCACUGUACAUUCCUUAUUGCUUCUGGAAUUUGCGUGGUACAUACUAAAGCAAUAGUGUUUAACAUUUUGGCUGGACAGGACAUUCUAGCUAAUUCACUGUCACACUGAUGUGACCCAGCCCUAAUUAUUAAUUUUGUCAUCACUUUCAGAUGGAUUAUCAGUAGUUUUGUGUGUGUAUUUAUGUAUAUAUAGGCAUGAUACCUGCAGCUCACAGGUAAUUUCAAGGGCUUCAGAAUACACUGGCAAAUAAACUUGGGAAAAGACAUGCUAAAAUAGGUGUGUCAAAAUCUCCCGUUAGGAUCGGAAGUCAGAUGCAAGGUGGUGGGCUUUCUCUUUGAGAUGGUCUAUGACUAAGGCCAUAAAAAACAAAGAUUCUGCUGCAAAUAUCCAUGUCUCUUAAGAAAAAGAUUUAAGAAA